AUGGUGCGACUGGUGCUGGACAUGCCGCAGAUGUUUGCAACGCCGCCGCCACUGUUGACACCAUUGGAAGGUGGUGACGAAGCGGAGGUAAAUUCUGGCGAUGGCUCAAGGAAGAAGACUCGGGUAGUGACGCAAACCCACACGUUCACCAAGCUGGAAGUGCUUACGCUGGUGUGCGGCUGCUUCUUUGGAAUCUUUCCGGACCAAGACAUCGUCAAGCAAGUCCGACCUGAGCUCAGUCCUCCGAGUCGAAAAGCGGGACGACGCGGCAACAACGACGAUGAUAUUAUCCAAUUCCCGUACUUUACAGCGGUUCGAAUGUUUUCGGCUCCAGGCAACAUGGGCAAGAUGGUCGUGCUCAAGGCCCAGAAAUUACGGUGUAUCUUGCAGUAUUUCUUGCGGGUGGUGCCUCGAAUGACUUCGGAUCCGGCGGCUCUCUCUGCAGAAGUCGUUGAUUUUACUCGGGUGGGUGUGCACGUUCCUGGCGAUGAAGGGCGGAAUCGCUCGGAGCAAACGCCCCAACAGCUUCUCGAAAUCAUAGGAACCACAUCUGACGUUGAUGGACCCGUUCAAGAAGCGCAUGAUGAUGUAGAUACACGUCCACGCUUGCACGCUGCAAGGUGUGUGUCGGACACUUUGAUUGAAGAUCUGGACAAGCAUUUACAGAUUGACUUUGCGAACAAGUUUGCCGGCGGUGGCGUGCUCAAUUCUGGUUGCGUCCAGGAGGAAAUUCGGUUUCUAUUGUCGCCCGAGCUGCUCGUGUCGUGCCUCAUAUUCGCCAAGCUGGAGCCCCACGAAGCAUUUGUGAUCCAUGGAACAGAGCGCUAUAGCGCGUACCAAGGCUACGGUGGGUCAUUCGUGUUUGGUGGUAAUUUUCAAGAUACGAUUCGCUUGAUAGCUCAAGCUGACGGACGUCUACGCCGCGAGUGCGUGAUCGUUGGAAUUGACGCAACUGACUACGGCUCUGCUCGAGUGGAACGGCAGUACACGCGUGCGCACGUACGGCGUGAUCUGGUGAAAGCAUACGCAGGGUUUGCCUACCCUGACGCACACGACGGCGAACAGUGCUGGCCUGUGGCUACAGGAAAUUGGGGCUGCGGCGUGUUUCAAGGAGACCGCGAGCUGAAGUUCCUGAUUCAGUGGCUUGCAGCUUCGCUUCGGCAUCGCGAGUUGGUCUACGUGCUCUUUGAGCGAGAUCUGGACCUACAGAACAAAGUGAAUCCGCUGCUAACGCUUGCAACUAGCCCGAAAGCGCGUGAAUGGGGCCGCCAGAGCGGAGGACUCGCGCAGUGGUUGGCCGAGUUUCUAUUCGACGAAUUGAGCGUUGGUCGCGGGAUGAGAGGCGCGCAGAGCGUCUUAUCUCGAGCCGCUACUUCGCUGGAACGGGCAUUGUCAGCGCUCCAACUACCGGUGGGGCAAGACGGCGACGCGGAAGCCAAGCAGCAGCCCGAGAAGUCGCCUCAGACUCACACCACCAGUCCGGCGUCGUCAGAGUCCAAACAGAGCCCGGUAUCUACCCCUCCUCGAAGCGAAGACCAAGCUGAUGCGGCGGAACCCUCGGAGGCAUUGAAGAAGAAGCCCAAGACGAUGAAGAAGGAGCUGCACCAACGCACUAUGCAAGACUUCUUCGCACCCAAGCAGUGA